AGAGACUUGGGUACGGACUAUCCUACCCCGAGAUGCUUUGCAACACUUGCUUUCAAGAUGGCGGACGGAGCUAUCCUUUUGGGUUUAGUGGACGAAAUCAUGUCUGAAAAUGACGAUAAGAUCUGUGGAUGGACCACAAAUAAGAUUGGAGGAACUCCGGUAAGUAAAUUAGGUCUUCUUGAUGAUUGAUCUCAAAAUAAUAUCUAAAAUAAUUACUAUAUAACUAUCGGUUUGCCCCACAGAAUUGGUUGCUUGGACCGCCACGGCAGUAUCCCACGUGUCGGUUGUGUAACAGAGUGUUAUAUUUGGUCUGUCAAGUUUACUGCCCGCUGUCAGAUUCCAUCUUCCAUCGUGUGCUGUAUAUCUUUGGUUGUACCAAUCAAUCUUGCUGGAAUAAGAACCCUAGGUAUUACUUAUAUAUUAGAAAUACGUAUCUCGCAAUAAGCCUCGCGAAACUCGGUUUGGUAACGGCACUCAAGUUAAGCCCUGUCGGUCGGGGUUAAGAACUGGAUGGGUGACCAACCGCGAAUAUCCAUACGUUGUUCUCUCUUUUCUUCUCCUUCCUUUUUGCGUAUUAUGUAGUGUUAUUGUUGACAGUGUAUUGAAAAGCAGAUUUAGCAUUAUUUCGGCGCCCGGAUUUAGAAAAAGACAAAAACAAAGAACAAAUCUGGCCCGGCGCAGUUCGCCUGAAAAUUAUUAUAGUUCGGGCCGUAAUACAGAGCUGAAACUUUGCAAACGUUGAUCUACAUAUAUCGGCGGGGAUGGGUUUUGGGCAGUGAACAAUCAUAAUGCCUCUGACUCCAAUCUCCUGUUCCUCUGUCUCUUGUUGUCGGCGUUGCCUUCGCUGUGCUAAGCGAUGUUCCUUCUGCUCCCCUGUUUCUUGUUGACGUCUUCUCCUUCGUUGUUCACGCUGACUUUGAAGUCGCCGUUCUUGCUCCAGAGGAGUUUUGGUGGAAAAUCUUCCUGGGCGAGGAUUUGGAGUCACUUGUUGUGCUUGUGUGUCAUUUGCAUGGGAAAUUGUUCGUGAUUCACCGAUGGUAAACUUUGCCGAGUCACAGACGAUCAAUAGACACAUCAAAAUGCAGCUUGGUCAUCGGCGGCGAAGUCUAUGUUGCCUGGAAACGCAAAAUGCUCCAUGACGUCAUUGGCGGAUACCAAUCAUAUAUUCAGAGAAAUAAAGAUUUAUUUAUUUAUGAAGCCUCGAAUGUCGCAGCUGGCUAAGACCACGCGCGGUUAGCAGACUGUGCCCGCGCUUUGCGCGCGACAAGAUUAUAAAGUCGCUACGCUCGGAAUUAUUAGGUGUAACCCUUACUAUCCAUGGCGGGGAGAAAAAAAUCCAUGCAGAUCUCAAUGUAUUUCCUAAAUUUCAAUACCAACGAAACUGAUAUCAAUUAUGAAUAAUAGGAGUAACUGAGGAAUAUCAGGCCACUCACAAUGUGGUUACACAGCUAUGUGGCUAUGUGACUAUGCCACCACUACAUGGCUUUACAAGUGUAUGGCUAUGUGGUUGGGCGGCUUAGUAGAUGGCUAUCUACCUACAUGUUAUUGGAUACAAACUCUACUUGUAACUCUACUUGUAACUGGAAGUUAGUUACCGAAAGUACUAGACUGUAAAACAAGACUGAGGCUGAUUGCGCCAUAGAUAUCCUCGGAGACCCAGGGGCAGAUAGUGGGGGCGAGGGAAAGUCUAAACGGGCGGAAAAAUAUGGCACGAAGAAAAGUAAAGAAUGGUGAGAAGAGCCCCUGGGGACUGUCUUACCAGACCAGUUCCAAACGGUCACGGCCAUUCUGCCUUCUGAUUGGGCAGAAAAACACCAAAAAGUUUUCUGGCACCAAUCAGAAGUCAGAACGGUGGUGACCGUUUGGAACUGGUCUGGUAAGACAUUGUCCCCAGGGGCUCUUCUCGCCGUUUUUUACUUUUCUUCGUGCCAUAUUUUUCUGCCCGUUUAGACUUUCCCUCGCCCCCACUAUCUGCCCCAGGGUCUCCAAGGAUGCACCAUAGAUUGCUUCAGCACACAUCAUGGUGAACUUUAUGAAAGAAAUGGGUAUGUUGGAAUAAAAACUGAGUUAUGUUUUGACGUGAAAGUUAGUCGUAUCCACUAAGAACUAUGGUCAUGUUUUCAACACACGUAUGUAGCUACUCAACAAAGUGGUUACAUGACUACACAUCAGUAUGUGGCUUCAUCGCUGGUAUUGUUUAGGUUCCAAGGCCUUCAUGUAUUUCAAAUGUCAGACUUUACGUGUGAAGCUGAGGUUUGAAACAGGCCUACAGACCCAUGAAAACUAAGUUCAUAUUACUCAAAACUGGCAAACUUGCAGCACUUUUAAAUCAUGACACAUGUGGGUGAUGACUAUGUGCCUGCACAUGUCACCCAAAAAUAAAUAGUUCUGCUCACACAGGAAGCCCAAAAUGCAGAGAGUUGAUGCAACUCCUUUUAUUUUCAGUUGGAAAGUUUUGAGAUCACAAGCCAAAGACAGCAAUUUUGGGACCAAAAAAACAACAAACAAUGAGGUCAGGCAAUUCUUUUUCCUUUUGUUGCUUAUUGAAGAUGAAGGUGGUCCAAGAUAUGCGUGUCUUUAGUUUGUUAGUAACCUUCUCAUUUUGAAUUUUCUUACCAUUAUAGCCUUCCGGUGAAUUUGUAGGUGAUGACUGGUGUGAUGAUGCUGAGGACUGGGGAGAGUAAGUAUUAUUUUUAAUUCAAGUGCUAUUUACAUUUUCAGGUUAUGCAUGCUCAAAUAGACCUUAGUCCUUAUUCAAGAUACCCACCAUCUUUGCACGUGCUAAAGAACUGAUGGCGAAAAAAGCAAUGUCACAUGGUUUCUCAGGGGGCAAACAAAAUGAUAAAAGCUGCUAAAUGCAAGAAAUCGCAGUCGAGUUUGUUUAUGCUAUCAAAACAAGGCGACGAUUUAACAGUCUAGUCUAACAUGGGCCUCCCAAUUUUCAGGUUUUCCAGCAUUUCAUGGCUAAUUUCUUAUUUUUUAUUUAUUUUUUUCUGGACAGUGAAGAUGAUGAUGUUUUGACUCACCUUGAACAGUGCACUGGAAACCUAAAGAUUGCUGAAGAUAAUUUGUGGAAGAAAGAUCUAGAAACUGAUGCAAAUACAACUACAUGUACAAUGCAGCAGCAAAGUGCAAAUCUUGAAAGUCUUAGUUCAUCUCAGCUGUGCAAUACGUUUUCACCAAGGUGCAUUCCACACUUCACACCCUUUUAUGUCAGUGUCAUUGAAGAUCCCGAAGCCAAAAUGGGCGCCACUCAGUUAACAAAACAUGAGAAAAAACUUUUGUCUGAAUAUGAGCAGCGAGAAGGUAUUCACGUGGCAAAGAUGAUGGACAAUCAUGAAAAUCCCAAGGAAUGGGCAGGAGAGACAUAUGAAAGGACAGCUGUUAAACAUGGCGACAGAGCAUUUCACAAGUUUAAUAAAAAACUGCAACUAUGUCCACAACAAUGCUUAAGGUAAGCUUUUGUUAGAAGGAUUAUAAUUAUCAAGCAUCAGAAACUCUUUGUAGCGUGAUCAAAUACAAAAAGGAGAACUGGAUUGUAUUAGGCAACCAAGAGUAUUUUUGACAAGAGAAUAUCAUUGUAUUUCCAAACGUGUUAUGGUGUACAUGUAUGUAAUUCGUCAAGUUCAAUGUAGAAUUUUUGUUGAAUCCCUGUUAAUUCUGUGUUUAUUUACAUUUUUGUGCUAGAUAUCAGUGGAAUGGCGCUCCUGUGUCUACGGUAACUGAAAACGUGUCAAAGCUCUUGGCAAACGUUCCCCGAUGUCAACAUUGUGCAGCAGAGCGAGUCUUUGAGAUACAGUUUAUGCCCGCGCUGAUUGGUAAUUUGAAAUGUGCAAAACAGUUGAAUUUAGCUCAUAAACCUGAUUCCCCUCACCAUGAAAAUCAAGAAGGACAAAUAUCACAAGAAAGCAAUCAAACUAAAUUGGAAACUUUAGAAAACAGUGAAAUUUUUCCAGAUGAUCCAACCUACCAACAAGACCAAUGGAAGACGUUCAUGGCAGCUGUCAAUCAAACUGGUGACGUCACAAUCGAAUUUGGAACUGUAAUGGUGUUCACGUGCUCUCAGGGUUGCUGGAAAAAUGUAGAAAACAAUGAAGAUAGCAGAUACCUGGAAGAGUUUUGUUUGGUUGAAUGUGAUCCGGAUGACCGGUUAUUUAAAUAUAAAUAA